GCAUACUUUUUGACUCCGCCUCCCUGAGCGCCAAAACACAGCAAAACUACUCUUGCUCUCAAUUAAGCCGCCUGGUUAACUUCGGUAUAAAAAUAAAAAUAAACCUGCCUAAACAGAGCCGUAACUAACCCACCGACUGAAUGUCAGGAAACGGGUUAAUAGCCAGUAUCCGGCGGUUAAUAAGCCCCGAAGAGCGGCUAUCGAGGAGCACUCCGAGUCCGUUCGAUCAACUCUGCCAGCAGAUGAACGAUGUCCUGGGCGAUGGAGGGAUCCUGAAGGAGGUGGUCCAAUCUGGAGAGGGCCCACCUGUACCUGAAAACGCUUCAGUAUUGAUCCAUUACUCGAGUUUCCUGGAAUAUUCCGACCGGCCUUUUGAAACCACCACGCACUACAAGUACCCCCGGAUGAUGAAGUUAGGGAGAGAUGUGACGCUGGCCGGACUGGAGCUCGGUCUGCUGACCAUGCGGAAAGGAGAGUUCUCUCGCUUCCUCUUCCAGCCCCAGUAUGCCUACGGGGACAUGGGUUGUCCUCCGCUCAUUCCCGCUGCCGCUGUGAUUCUGUACGAGGUUCAGAUCCUCGACUUCCUCGACUCGGGACAAGUGGACGACUUCAUCACGAUGAGUCUGGAGGAGCAGAACACAGUUCCUCUGUCCACGCUCCUCGAUGUUGUCAGCACGCAACGCAGCUUCGGCAACCGUUGCUUCAACCAAAGCCGCUACGACCAUGCCAAAGAUCGCUACAAACAGGCAACGCUGCUGCUGGGGAACAGGGAAACACAGAGCGAUGCGGAGGCAGAGAGGAUCAAGACAGCUCUGCUUCCUCUCUAUCUGAACCUCUCUCUCACUGAGCUCCGUCUAGACAGCCCGCAUAAAGCCCUGAAAUAUGGCAACAAAGCCCUGGAGAUAGACUCUGCCAACACAAAGGCUCUUUUCCGCUGCGGUCAGGCGUAUCUGGAGCUGUGCGAGUACGAGAGCGCCCAGGGUUGCCUCAUAACCGCUCAAGCAAAGAAGCCCUUUGACACCGACAUCAACAACCUACUGAGGAAAGUGGCAAUAUGCUAUAGAGACAGCUUGGACAAACAGAAGGAACUGUACGCCAAGAUGUUCAAAGACUUGAGGGGCAAGUAAAGAUGAGUGAAAAGCCGCAGAACAGGCCACUACACUGUUCAACAGAACCAGAGCGCACAACAUGGAGACAGAUCUGGUCCUUCCACUAUCAACAGCGGUAC